UCACAUGGUGGGGGGGGGGGGGUGAGUCAAGAUCUAGGAAGAAAACUAGAUAAUGAAUAAUGAGACCUAAAAACUAGUGUAAAUAGUAUUGGCUGUACUAUACAACAGGCUUGGUGACCCUGGACAAGUCACUUUUCAGGUUUUCUCUUUCCUCAUUACCCCAGUGGUGGAGUCUUACUUGCUCUGCCCAAAUUACGAGGUUUGUCAGGAGAAGCAGGGAGGUUAGGAAUGCGCACAACACACAGUGAUGAUGAAAUAAAAAAUACUAGCAACGGGUGCAAAUAUUUACAUGCCGUACAGGAGAAGGACAAGGUAACCUGUAAAAACGGCCAAUACAGGCUCCAAAGUGCUCAGUUCCUCCUAGUGGUUUCCUUCCCCAGGUCCCAACCGCCUCCAGCUUCCUUUGGGGACACACUCCCUCCUGCGUGGAGAAAAUCCCGCCCGAUAACGUUAAGUCUCCCUCUUCGCGGCACCCGCAGCUUGGAACCUGCUGGAAGUGUGUUGUGAGAUGAGCAGAAACCUGCCAGCAGCUGAAAUUCGCGCUCCAGCACAACCAGCCCGGGCCGAGCAUGUGCAGUGCCUCCUCAAGCCCUGGGGGCUGACUGGCAGCUGUUGCCCAAAUGUUCAUCAGUCAAAGGAGGCUCUGGGCCCCGGACGCCCCUGGGUCUUGGGCAGAUCGUCUCAGAUGCGGAGUUAGCAGGGCUGGGAGCCUCCAGGGCCUCGGCGCUCUCGGCAAAGCAGCCGCCACGUUAAAUCUAAGCACCUUGCUCUCGGUAGAGAAGGGAUCGAUGGUGUUCUGGAUGCUGGCUCCCAGGGAAGAUGCAUUUCGCCGGUCCCGCGCCUCCUCGGGAAGAUAAUUGAGAGCGGAACGCGAGCGCUGGGCACGCGGGCCGCGGAUCCGCGGGAGCCCGCGCCGCGCGUGUCUGCACCGGCGAGCCGCCUCCCAAGCCCUCUUUCCCCAGUUUGCUUUCCUGCCGCAGUCCGGGCCCACAUUAAUUCUCUUCACUUGUGAGUGAGCACACACAAGUUCCCCGGGCACGAUCCUUCCAUCUGUUUCCCCGGGGGAGUCCAGUUUUUCAACGAUUAACCUCCCAGCCAAGGGGCGGAGGGAAGGUGGCGGGAUGGAGGGAGUGGGGCGGGGAGAGGCGUUUUGCACGUUCAAAGGCACCAAAAUUAGCUGCCGACGCUAAAUGGGUUUACUUUCCUCGGUUUUUGACACACAAAUGCAGUGGGAUGCCCGCUCGGCCGACUGCCGCCCCGGCCCCGAGCCCUGGGCUCACUCCUCAGCCUGCUGCCGAGUUUCGCUCCGCAGUCCUGCGCGGCAUCCGCCGAGCUUCGCCCCCUUGCCCAGGUCUGCAGAUGGAUGGAUGCUGGGCAGGCUUCCUUCCCCUGGUCGGGUUAACGCCGGCUUAGGCUAAAGCCCCAAAGCUCCCACGUUGGGCCUCCUGUUUAUCAGCCCGCCCCCACCACCACUACCAAAGGACGUGCCCCUUUGGUAGUGUCGGGGCUCCCAGCCCAAGCGAGGGGGAGGACACCUCCCUAUCCCCUCCUCCCCAUCCGCGCGGCGGCUCGGGGUUUUACUGCAGCAGCCGGAGGUGACAGCGACGCCUUAGCCUCCUCCGUUGCUCUCAGAGCCCCGGCUUCCCCUGCAUCCGGAAAGCGCCCCCUCCAGAGAGGCUGGUCCCCGGAGAAGUGCUAACGAGCUGCAGAAAACCAAAUUUAAAAAUGUAGAAGUCGCUGGGCUGCAUUCCUCCGAGGACGAGCCUGAUCGCCCAGGACUGAGAGUGGCAGCGUGUGGGAAGUUGGGACCGUAGAGCAAGGGGGGAGGGGAGUGGUGCAGCCGGCAUUCUCUUCUGGAAGGAAUCGCUGGGAGCAGUGCUGUUGGACACAAGUUUGCGUGGGAGUGUUUUCCUUUUGUCAAUAAUUAAUCACCGGAAUCAGUCUGGCAGAAUUGGAGUUUUAGCAAUAGUGCAGAGGGCGGGGCCGAACACCUAACUCCAGGACGCUCCGAGCCACCGGCGCAGUGGGAAGCUGGCAGCAGCUGGGGAGGAGCCAAAGCCUGGGUGCUCACCUAAGCCGCAGGGAGAUACACCCAACCGGGAGAUGAAGAAACAGCAACCCACAGAAGAGAAGUAACCCACACAGGAUCAUUCCAUAGAGGCACAAGGGCAAGAACCCAAUCUGGACCCUCCCUGGCAGGACAGACUUUCUGCAGCUUGAAAGGAGCCGACCAUGGAUUUCAGACGUGUGAAGGACUAUUUCUCCUGGCUCUACUAUCAGUACCAAAUCAUUAGCUGCUGUGCUGUCUUGGAACCCUGGGAGCGAUCCAUGUUCAAUACGAUCUUACUAACCAUUUUUGCUAUGGUGGUAUACACCGCCUAUGUUUUUAUCCCAAUCCAUAUUCGUCUGGCUUGGGAAUUUUUCUCCAAAAUGUGUGGCUAUCACAGUACAAUUUCUAAUUGAUCUUAGUUGCAUUCUGUGAAUCGGCAUUGCCUCUGUAAAUGUUGCUUACAACUUACCAACUUACAUGAAUACUGUGUCUUCUUCCACUCUCUGAUCUGAAAAGCUCCCUUCUCUAUGCACUCUUGUAUCUUGCCUGAAAUGUGAGAUAGAUGUCUCUUUAGGUUCUUUUGUACAUUCUGCAUUGUGCAUCGGACCAUGGAUAACACAAAGACCUUACCUCACAUACCAGCUGUAUUCUCUCAACUUAAAUCUACAACUUCAGAUUUUUUUUUUUAAUCAGAAAUUUCAUAUAAAAUUUUUCUGGGAAGUUGGCUCCUAAGAGACCUACCAGAAUCAUAUUUAAAAUGCUCCCUUGAUACUUGUUCUGUACUAAAGGGUCUAUUUUUAAAAAUCUGUUCAUAAGCUCCUGUCAAAAGUAUCCUAUCCUUGUUUACAACAUAUGAAAAGAUAUGAAUAAAUUAUAUGGGCCCCCUAAAGUCUUAUUUUCUAGUAAACUGCUGAUACCUAAAAUUCUUUUACUUCAAGUGCAAAAGAAUAGGCUGGAGGCAAUUAUCUCUUUUCAGACACGGUUCAUGAAUUAUUUCAAAUGCCUUCUAAAAGUCUGGAUUUAUAACAGGUUAAAAUCAACAAUGUUGAUUUUAGAUAACCCAGUAAGUAUUAUGACACAAAAAUGUUAAGUGUAAGGAACAAAACAUAAUCAAAGUAAAUUUAGAUAUUGUGACUUGCGAUGCUGCCUGGCCUUGCGUGAUGCUGGGGAGCCAGGGGGAGAAGGGGGAGGGAAAAGAAACUGCUUUCUUUCUGUGAUUUCACUCAGUGGAGGGUUGGGGGGAAGCACGUAUUGGGCUACAGGAAGAAACGCUAAUAAAUAGACUGGAAGUAAUAUUCUACCAGCAGGAACUCGACAGCUCCAGUUAAAUGCUUUGAUAUAGUGACUCCUUUGCAGAGCAAAAACAAGAUUUAUUCAAUUUCCUUCAAAGUGUUUAUCUCAAAAACAAAUACAAGUUUUUAAGUAUACUGCUGAAUCAGAUGUGAAUGCCAAAGACCAAACCUUAUAGUUUGUCUUUCCUUCCAAUAACCAGUAAGGUUAGGAAUUCUGGAGGGUAAAAAUGGAAAUAGUUUUUGGACAAUAUUUGCACCUAUGUUUGUAUUAUGGGGGGGAAAAAAAAAGAAAACAUUCCCAGGAAGCCCAGAGAGAAAGAUGUUUGGCAUGCCAAAUUAACAUGCAUGUUUGUUAAAAAACAAAAACGUGUUUUGAAGAUAAACCAGAUCUGAACAUGUACUGUUGAUUUUUGCAAAAUAAAAUUAGGUUUAAUUUUGUAAAUAAAAUAUUCACCUCCAGA